CUUGCCCAAAUUAAGACCCACUUGGCUCUGCAGUCGUGGUCCUCGGUGUCCGGCGGCGGCGCGGCCCCUGCCCACGCUGGGUUCCGCCAGGCAUUGCCCAAAGACGCAAUGUUUAACCCCAGAGGAACCUUGCCCCCCCGGCCCAGGGGACCCAACCCCUCGGGCAGCAAGCCUCCGGGAUCCUUCGGGGGAGGAGGGGCGGCGGGGCCGCAGAGGAAACCGGCGCCGGGAGCCCCCCAGGCAGCGCCCCAGAGACCCCCGGGCCAGGACUCGCUGCAGUGGACGGGCUCCCAGAGGAUCAACGUGCGGGUCACGCUGCACAGGGCGGAUCCCAGGAAGGUCAAGGAGAAGAACACCCUGCACCAGGAGCAGAAGGGAGACCCUCGCCCCAACCGCUGGGACAGCGGCCCGUGCCCGGCCGGGACGGCCGCGCCAAAGCCGCCCGCGCCGGUGCCGGUGCUGGAGCAGAACUCGAGCGCCCAGAACCGCUACACGCCCGAGAGCGCCUCCAGCAUUUUAGCGAGCUUCGGGCUGUCCAACGAGGACCUGGAGGAGCUCAGCCGCUACCCCGACGACCAGCUGACCCCGGAGAACAUGCCGCGGAUCCUGCGCGAGAUCCGCAUCCGCAAGAUGGGCCAGCCCGCGCCCGGCCCGCGCGCCCCGGCCCGCGGGGACGAGCGGGGGGCCGAGCCGGGCGGCGCGGCCGUCAAGGGCAAGGUCAUCGACUACGGGCACGCCAGCAAGUACGGCUACACCGAGGACCCGCUGGAGGUGUGCCCCUACGGCCCCGAGGGGCUCCCGGAGCCGGCCCUGGAGGCCUGCGUGUACAACGCCGAGGGCCCGGGCGCGGACGGCAGGGAGGACGUGCCGCGGGAGCAGAGCGUGCCGGUGCCCGGCCCGCCGCCCGCCGUGCCCUGCAACCCCGUGUUCCCGGCCGACGACCUGAUGAAGCUGCCCGGCUUCCAGGGCGACUCCUCCGGCGCCCCGCCGUUCUUCCCGGCCGAGCCCCCCCCGGCCAAGGUGUCGGGGCUGUGCCCGGCGCCCGCCGCGCUGCCCGUGGUGACGCCCGUGUCGCAGGCGCCGAUGCCGCCGGUGCUGCCGCCCAUGAUGCCGGCCCUGCUGCCCACGCCGCUGGCGCAGCCCCUGCUGCCGCCCGUGAUGCCGCCGCUGGUGCAGCCGCCCGUGUCCCAGCACGUCCUGCCGCCCAUGACGCCGCCACCCUUCUCCGCCGGGCUCCUGGCCGCCAUCAGCCAGCACGAGCAGAAGCAGCGCGACUCCGGCAGCGGCUCCGGCGCCUCCGGGAGGUCCGGAGGGGGCCACAAAGGCUUCCACUCCGAGGGGCCCAUCAAGUCCCCGUUCGGGGUGGUGAAGGCGUCCUGGCUGCCCGUGUUCUCCGACUCCCAGAAGAGCAAACGCCUGCCCACCCCGUCCAUGAUGAACGACUACUAUGCGACGUCGCCGCGAAUAUUCCCACAUUUGUGUUCUCUGUGUAACCUUGAAUGCACUCAGAUGAAGGACUGGAUCCUGCACCAGAACAACCCUUCCCACAUCGAGAGCUGCCGCAAGCUCCGCCAGCAGAAUGCUGGGGACAGGAAGGAGAACCAGACCCCGAAGCACCGCUCCAGCUCGUCCAGCCCCAGCCGGCGGCGGUACCGCCCGGGGGGCUCCGGGUACCCCCUGCGGCGCUUCCGCUCCCGCUCCCGGAGCCCCGGGCGCUUCCGCCGGCCCCGGAGCCGCAGCCCCCCCCGGUACCUCCGCCGGCCCAGCCCCCGGCACCGCUCCCGCUCCCCCCAGCGCUCCAGGAGCUCCCUGAGGCCCAGCUCCCGCUCCCACCGCUCCUCCAGCUCCGAGCGCUCCUCCCGCAGGUCCAGCCGCUCCGAAGACAGAAAGGCAGCACUCGAGGCCGUCAUGAAGACCCUGGGGCCUGAGUUCCUGGCAGAGUUCAAGAAACACAAAUCACUUCAGGCAGCUGUGCAGGGAUCCUUGGGGUCGGGAAGAUCCUCAUCCACUCAUGGACCCCCGGGGAAGGUGUCUGGGAGCGUGAAGAAGCCUCUGAAGACAAGUGCUGCUCCAAAGGCUCCCAAGAAGGACGGGUCUGCCGCGCCCGGGCCGAGUUCUGCCUCGUCCAAAACGGAGGAAUCAGCCCAAAACAAGGAGGGGGAAGAGGAUGAGGAAGAUGAAUCCGCAGGGAGCAGCAAACCUCAGUCUGCUUCUUACAACAGGCUGCUGAGGGAGGACCUGCUGAGCUGUGGGACCGUCCUGCAGAUCUCGGACCUGCCGGACGACGGGUUUUCGGAUCAGGACAUCAAAAAGCUGGUGCAGCCCUUCGGCAAAGUGAGCGACCUGAUCGUGCUGCGCUCCAGGAACGAGGCCUACCUGGAGAUGAACUACAAGGAGGCCGUGAUCGCCGCCGUCAAGUUCGGGGAGACGCAGCCGGUGCUGCUCAACGGGAAGCGCAUCCGGAUCAGCGUGGCCGAGAAACCCCGGGCACCCCCCGGCCAGGUCAAAAAGACCAUUAAAAAACGAGUUCUGACUGUUAAAAAAACUUCAGCAAGUACCAAAAAAGUUCCGACCACCAGCACCAAGACCCCCAAACCCCUGACAGGCAAAAAGGAAAAGCUCAAGAAAUCAGCAGUGCCAGGAGAACGAAAGGUGAAGAAAACUCCAAGUGCUGCAGAAGCAGCUGAGGAUGGAGAUCCCGAGCCCUCGGCAGAGCCCGGGAUGGAAGCGGAGGAAGCGGAGCCGUCAGAUCCACGGAGUGUCACGGAAGAGGAUGGAAUCCCAGAGCCUGCAGUGCCCAUGGAGAGCCAGCCCAAUCCCUCACCUGUGCCAGAGCCUCCAGGAACGGGCACACCGGGCGAGGAGUCAGCAGAUCCAGCCAGGAGGGACCUCGAGGACCUGUGUGUGGUCCUGGUUUCCAACCUGCCCGACAAGGGAUAUUCCGUGGAGGAAGUUUCCAACCUGGCAAAGCCCUUUGGAGGCCUGAAGGAUAUGCUGAUUCUGUCCUCUCACAAAAAGGCAUAUCUGGAAAUCAACAGGAAAGCUGCAGAUUCCAUGGUGAAGUUCUACACCUGCUUCCCCAUGUCCCUGGAUGGAAAGCAGCUCUCCAUCAGCAUGGUGCCUCAGUACCAGACUGUCAGGGAUGAAGAAGCCAUAUUUACUGCCCUGAUUAAAGAUUCUGACCCUCAGGUGAGUUACUCCCAACCUCUCCUCCACAUACUCGCUGGCUCGAAAAAAUCUCCCGAGGGAUCAGGAGUGGUGCCAAGAGCAGCUGCUGAUCCGCCAGGAGAGCCCAGGGGGGCAAAGAGAGGAGCCAUUCCCACCUCCAGUGGCACGGAGGAGAUUCCAGCGGGACAGACGGAGCCCCCCGAGCCCCAGCCGGGAGGAGCAGCGAGGGAGUCACCUGGGAGCCUGGCCCGGACGGCUGUGGAGGACUUGGAUACUGGGAUUGGUGUUCCCGUGAAACCUGCUGGCACCAGGUCACCUGGAGAGAGGUCGGAGGAGAAGCCGCUGCCGCCUUCCAGUGCGGGGACGGAAGAGGCUCCUAAAGGUCCUCCUGAACCAAAGCUGCUGGAGAAGGGAAGCAAAGAGGGGGAUGAGGAGUCGUCUGCCCCUGCCGUGGAAGCACUGGGCUCGUCCAGCAGGGCUGAGGGGGAUCCAGCAGGUCGUGGGGUGAUCCCAGCAGCCGGGGAGGCAGCGGGGGCCAGCCCUGGAGCAGCGUCCCCCAGGGAUGAGGGGGCUCCCAUGGACACGGUGUCGCCUGCUGUCACCCAGCUGGCCAACGAGCUGGCUGCUCCUGGGAAGAGCCCUGUUCCUGAGGCUGGGAAAAGCAACCCUGAAACGUCUGGAGCUCCGGUGGCCGAGAGGAGACCUGUCCCUAAAACCAGGGAGGCCCCAGGGAAGAGACUUGAUGUGGCUGGAGCAGAGGAGGGUGUGCUCAAAGCUGGACACACUGCGGAGGAGAACCCCGGGAAGCUCUUGGGCAAGGCUGGGGCAGAGCUGCAGAAGCAGCUUGGGAAAGCAGCAGCCAAGGCUGGGGCUGCUCUGGAAGAUGCCCCGAGUGCCGUCGGUGGGAGCAACGCGGGAAGUUUGGUCAAAAGCCACCAAAACAAAGGGACAGGAGUGGCAAACCCCAGCAGAUGCCACCCGGGAGCUCCACUGAACCCCUUUUUAUCCCUCAAGGAGCCCGCUGUGGGUAAAACCCUCCUGAGGGCAGUGGUGUCUAUCCCGGAUAUCUUCAAGGCCAGAGCCCCAGCGAAGAGCAGCGAGCCCUCCUCGGGCAAAGGCGGGGAGCAGAACCCCCCCAGAGCCGAGGGCCAGGCAGGGGGGGACAAGAAAACCCCCUCCAAAGCAGCCCAGCCCACAGCAGGGAGCACCCAGGGGAGAGGGAGCAGCAGCUCCGGAGUGGAUGGACAGGGAGGCAGUGGGAGGAGCUCAGCCCAGCAGGACAAGGACUCCCAGGUGGAAUCUAGGGCUGGUUCAAAACAGAGCCAAGAGGGAGAGAGUGGAACCCCCGGCACGGAGGAGGACCCCGGCAGCACUCAGGGUCCUGGUGGGGACAGGAACAGUGGCACUGGCAGCAGUGGGAAGCAGAAGGAGGAAGAAGAGCUGUUCCCGUUUAACCUGGACGAGUUUGUCACCGUGGACGAGGUGGUGGAAGAGGUGGAGUCUCCGGUCGUGCCGCGGCGAAACCCCCCCAGGGGCAAGAGGAAAGAGGGAGCCAAGCCCAGCCCGUCGGAGCCUGCGCCCAAGAGGAGGAAAGGGAAGAGCUCCGGGGCCAAGGGGGAGCCGUCCUUCGUCACCCUGGACGAGAUCGGGGAGGAGGAGGACGCGCCCGCCCCGCCGGGGGACCCCCAGGGGCUGCUGGUGGUGGACGAGGUGCUGGAGGAGGAGGAGCUGUCGGAGGCGGUGAAGGACCCGCAGGCCCUGCUCACCCUGGACGAGAUCUCGGAGCAGGAGGAGCCCGGAGCCCACAGGGACCUCCCCCAGCCCGGGUUCAAGGAGCGGGACCUGAAGGCCGAGCCCCUGGUGACGGUGGAUGAGAUCGGGGAGGUGGAGGAGCUGCCCCUGAACGAGCCCGCCGAGCUGGGCGGGGAGGACGGCAAGGGCGGCGCCGCCGACUUCGCGCCCUCGCAGGUGCCCGACGACCCCCUGGCCCUGGUGACCGUGGAUGAGAUCCAGGAGGACAACGAGGACAACACCCUGGUGACCCUGGACGAGGUGAACGAGGAGGAGGAUGAUUUCCUGGCGGAUUUCAACCACCUCAAAGAGGAACUGAAUUUCGUCACAGUCGAUGAAGUCGGGGACGAGGAGGAGGAGGAGGAAAACUCUUCCCCAGGGAAGAGUGCACACAAGGAUGAGGAGGAGGAAGACAUCGUUGCUGUGGCAGGACCAGAAGAAGAGGAAAUCGCUGCCAGUGCAGGACCAGAGGAGGAGGACAUUGUUGCUGUCGCAGGACCAGAAGAAAUAGGAAUUUUGGGGGAUCCGAAUGCAGAAGAGGAAAUCUCUGCAAUCUCCAAGCCAAAAGCAGCUCAGCUGGGAUCAGGAGGGGCAGAACCAGAGCCCAAGCAGAAGAAAGCAACUGUUCUGGGUGUCCCCAAGGUGCAGAGCACUCCCAAAGACAAAUCCAGAGGAACCACCCCAAACUCUCCAGGCUUUCCUGCCCUGGACAUCCUGGUGCCCAAGGCCGGGUUCUUCUGCCAGAUCUGCUCCCUGUUCUACGCCGACGAGCCCUCCAUGAUCCAGCACUGCCGGACCCCCCUGCACCGGCAGAACAUGGAGAAAUUCAUGGCCAAGCAGCAGGACAACGACGGGGAAGAGCCGAGCUCCAGGUGAUGGAGGGCAGAGGGACCCUCCGGUGCCCGACGCUUCGGGGCCACUCAGUGCUGUGUGUUUGGGCUCCAUUUGUCCCUUGGGGUCAGGAAGGAGCGUUUGUGGUGUGGGAAUCAGAGCUGGGAGGAGACCCCGGAGCUGCUGGGCUGGAUUUGUGUCUCCAGUCACCCGGCGUGGGACAGACUGGUCCCAGUGUUGGCAGGAAAUAAAUGUUCUCAUUGUAUAGUUACCCCA